UGUUAGUUCCUCUCGUCUUGACUGUCCUCCUGACUGAGACGUCUGCUUCACUGUCAUCUUCAGGGACGGAGCAGGUCUUUUCAUGCCCACCUCGGUGGCUCCUGUUUGGGCAGAGAUGCUUCGCUUUCUACCCUGUGUGGAGCUCCUGGAGCGAUGCCGAUUUAUUGUGCUCUCAGGCUGCUGGUAAACUGACGUCGCUUCACACACCAGAGGAGAGACAGUUUGUUCGUCUGCUAGCAAACACACACACACCUGUGUGGCUGGGUGGAUACCAGGAACAGCAGAAUGGCUCUUGGUUUUGGAGCGACGACUCGCCCUUCAGGAUGAGUGAUUGGACUAAUCAGAGGCAGGGAAAUACCAGCGAGGGUGGGGCUUGCCUGGAAAUGGAACCAAAAAGUGGAAAGCUGCACAGCGCCCCCUGUAGAGAGCUCAGGUUCUACAUCUGCUCCACCACAAGGAGCACCCUUUCUAAAGUCCUCCCCAGCGACAGGAAACCAGGCAUCGUUACCGGUGUGAGUCUGUUUGAUGUUAUGUGGGGCAACAGUGACUUGUUGGCGGAGGAGAUUCUCCACUCGUCCUCCUUCCUCAAGGAGCUCCGUUCUGGUCAGCUGACGCGGCGCUGCUUCAACUACUUCAUCCAGCAGGAGGCGCUCUAUCUGCACAGUGUCAGUGGCACACUGGAGACCCUGAUGUGUAGUGUACAGGAAGCAGAUGAGAACACGAGAUCACUGCUGCUGGACACACUCAAACACUACAGCAGCAGAAACCAGAGCCUCUUAAUUUCACCUCCCCCACAGUGGCUUCACUUCGCCCUGCAGUCUUUCCACUCUGUGGUUUUGGAGGAGCCGGUCUAUUGGCUGGUGGCCCUGUCGGCCCGGGCCUGCCUCCGUGACUUUCUGGCUGGGGAGCAGCUCUUCUCUGAGCUCAAGCCCGGUGCCCUGCUGGUGUCUGGGUCCAAGGUUAAGGCAGGCAGCAUCUACCAGGAGUGGAGUGAAGAGAGUCUGAAGGAGGUUGCCUGGACACACAGGUACAGAAAGGUGAUGGAGGAAUACCAGGAUCAGAUGGAUGUGUUUAAAGCCAUAAACAUCUUCAGACAGCACAUGAUGAACCAGAAGAGUUUCUACAAGGCUGUAACCUGUGAUGUAGAAGAUAAUGAAUGAUGAAGAGGAGAGCAGGGUGAGGAUGCUGAUGAACAUAUCCCCGCCUGGCCCUUCUCCUGCUAAGACUCCUCUCCUGCUCUCGCACGCCUGGGCCUGUGGGCCCACGCCCCGCGGACUUCCCCCUUUCCCAGAUCCCCGGCCUAGUGCUGUCCCUGGACCCUCAACUCUCUGAACCCAGCCUCUCACACCCAGCAAACUGUUAACAAACCCAGUUACAUUCACCACCUCUGAGUCUGAGUACUGCAUUCGAGACCGAAAACCAGCCACAGUCCUUACACUACAGCCCAUUAGGCCUACACUAAGGCUAUAUUUAUUCAGCUGUAACCUGGCAGAAAAAAAUGCCGGUGGCAAUAACUGUAGAUGAAAAUAUUAUUUGAACAGAUUAGACACAGUUUAGGAUACUCAUGGACCUGUGAUUGUAAAGUCACAGUCCA